AUGCCCAUCUACGCCGGUGAAGACGGCUCACCACAGCUCUACACCCCCUCCUCGGCCUCCUACGACACCACCACCUUCCCACCCACCCCCAUCCCUCCCCGCCCUCAAAGCCAACACAACCGGCAGCACGAUGCGGAAAAGCAUCCGCACGAGGUAGCCCCCGUUCCCAUAAUGGGAGGCAGGGCGCCUCAGUCGGAGCAGAUCCGUUUCCCAAGCGCCAAGCCGACCGUGAUUUUGUUUUUGAGGCAUUGUGGGUGUCCUUUCGCAGAAAAAGCCUUCCGCAUCCUCACCGCCCUCUCCGUCUCGCACCCCAACCUUCACUUCCUCGCCGUCUCGCACUCCUCCCCCCAAGACACCGACGCCUGGGUCAUCGACGUCGGCGGCGAAUGGGAAGCCGACGUGAUCGUCGACGAGUCGCGCUUGCUCUACGCGAAAUGGGGUUUGGGCACGACAUCCACGUGGUACGCGUACAAGCCGACGGCGCUGUGGAAUACGUACGUACUAGGCGUGGCCGAGGGGAUUUGGGGACGGAAGGAGAAGCCGAGGGCGGCUAGCGUUGGGUCGAAUUCUAGUGCUGAUGGACAUGGACAUGGUGAUGGGAAGGGGAUGAGUGUGCAUGAGAGGACGGGAGGGACGUAUAGUUCGGGCAGUGUCUGGCAGAUGGGAGGAGCGUUUGCGGUGGAUAGGAUGGGGUUUGUGAGGUGGGUGGGUGUCCCACAGGAUGCGAGUGAGGUGCCGGAUUUGAAGAGGGCGGUGGAGGUUUUGGAGGAGCAGUAUGGAGGGCCGGGGCAGGGGAAUGGUAGUGUGAAAGCGAAGAAGCAUGGCAAGGCGUAG